UGCCGUCUUAAACAUGCUCAUUGUAGGGACCAUGGGUGUAGGAUGGAGGAUGCUGACUUGGUCUCUGCAGGAAGUGCUCCAGCCAGGAUCGAUUUGAUGCCAGAAAGGCUUUGUGGUGUGUGUGGGUUAAAACUCACAUGGCUGCAGCCAGUGUGACUCCCCCUGGCUCCCUAGACCUGCAGCAGCCUGGCUUCUCCAAGACCCUCCUGGGGACCAAGUUAGAAGCCAAGUACCUGUGUUCAGCGUGCAGAAACAUCCUACGGAGGCCCUUCCAGGCCCAGUGUGGUCACCGCUAUUGCAGCUUCUGCCUGAAGAACAUCCUCAGCUCUGGGCCUCAGAAUUGUGCUGCCUGUGUCCACGAAGGCCUGUAUGAAGAAGGCAUUUCUGUUUUAGAGAAUAGUUCGGCCUUUCCAGAUAAUGCUGCCCGCAGGGAGGUGGAGAGUCUGCCAGCUGUCUGUCCCAAUGAUGGGUGCACCUGGAAGGGAACCUUGAAAGAAUAUGAGAGCUGCCAUGAAGGACGGUGCUCAUUCCUGCUUACCGAGUGUCCUGCAUGUAAAGGCCUGAUCCGCCUCAGCGAGAAGGAGCAUCAUACUGAGCAGGAAUGCCCCAAAAGGAGCCUGAGCUGCCAGCACUGCAGGGCACCCUGUAGCCGUGAAGACCUGGAGGCGCACUAUGAGGUCUGCCCUAAGUUCCCCUUAACCUGUGAUGGCUGUGGCAAGAAGAAGAUCUCUCGGGAGAAGUUUCAGGACCAUGUUAGAGCAUGCAGCAAGUGUCGGGUUCCCUGCAGAUUCCACACCGUGGGCUGUCCUGAGAUGGUGGAGACUGAAGAGCUGCAGGAUCACGAGGUGCAGAGGCUGCGGGAACACCUGGCCCUGUUGCUGAACUCAUUCCUGGAGUCCCCAGCCUCACAGGGAACCCAAAGCCAGGUGGGGCCAGAGCUGUUGCAGCGGUGCCACACCUUAGAACAGAAGACAGCCACCUUCGAGAACAUUGUCUGUGUCCUGAACCGGGAGGUGGAGAGGGUGGCAGUGACUGCAGAGGCGUGUAGCCGGCAGCACCGGCUAGACCAGGACAAGAUAGAGGCGCUGAGUAACAAGGUGCAGCAACUAGAGAGGAGCAUUGGCCUCAAGGACCUGGCCAUGGCCGACCUGGAGCAGAAGGUCUCAGAGUUGGAAGCAUCCACCUAUGAUGGAGUCUUCAUCUGGAAGAUCUCAGACUUUGCCAGAAAGCGCCAGGAAGCUGUAGCUGGCCGUACACCCGCCAUCUUCUCCCCAGCCUUCUACACAAGCAGAUAUGGCUACAAGAUGUGUCUGCGCGUCUACCUGAAUGGCGAUGGCACUGGACGGGGAACGCACCUGUCUCUCUUCUUCGUGGUGAUGAAAGGUCCCAAUGAUGCCCUCCUGCGGUGGCCUUUUAACCAGAAGGUAACAUUGAUGUUGCUGGACCAGAACAACCGGGAGCAUGUCAUCGACGCAUUCAGGCCUGAUGUUACCUCAUCCUCUUUCCAGAGGCCUGUCAGUGACAUGAAUAUCGCCAGUGGCUGCCCCCUCUUCUGUCCUGUGUCCAAGAUGGAAGCCAAGAAUUCCUAUGUGCGGGAUGAUGCUAUCUUCAUCAAAGCUAUUGUGGACCUGACAGGACUCUAGCCAUCCCUACUAUAGCAGCUCAGUGAGGAGCUGCCACACUGGGCCACGGCCCUGCCACACAUGGGUGGGCAGGCUUGGUGCGAGUGCUGGGAAGGGCCUCAGCCUAAAGCCAGUCACCAUUACACGGAAAGGCAGGAAGGAGCCUCCAGUUGGUCCUCAACUGGUAGACUGAGUGGACGGUCCAUUCAGCUCAGGGUCCUUGUGGGACCAGCUGGUGGGGUCUUCUCGGCUUUCCAGUAGAAAAGCUCUUGCUUUUCUGUCUGGGGAAGGGAGAGGCCCUUGGGUGGGGUACUCAGAAAGAGCCUCUCUCGAGAGCUUCAGAGCUACACCAGCGGCAAGAGUGGUAGUUGACCUUACCCACUCUUGGACAGGAGGUAGGGGCUGCACAGGAGAAGGGCAUCCACCCACAAAGCAUAGCCCAGGAAAGAAGCCCUCUGAGACGUAGGCACACCGGAGAGGAGCCUGCCUGGGCUGCACAGCCCUGCCAGGUGGCCUGUACUGGGGAGAAGUGAUUAAACUAUUCAACGUCUAUGACGAGUGGUGUUCAUCUGACUCUGGGUUGCCUGCUGGCUCCAGCCCAGGUAGUGGUGACCCUGUGGCCUCUGCUUUCCUCUCCACAUUGGCUGUCUCUGCUUCUUAUGCCCUUCGAGCCCCCAAGUUUCCAUGUGAUCUCUGCAUCCUGGGUCUGCCUGGGUAGAGGUGAAGGGCUGACCUUUGGUCUGGCCCAUGUGCAGGAUUUUUUCCUCAGGGUUCUGGACUGGUUCACUCUUUGGACUGGGUUGGAGUAGAGACACUAUGGUCUGGGUCCUGGGCAUCUUUAUUAGUCAGAAGGGUAUCCAGUCUCCCUCAGUUCAUUUUCAGGUCACCACAGUAGGAAAUGGGGAGAGCAGCAGCUGUGAGCAUGCUGUGAUUGAGGAGACGCUGCCCUCUUGACCUGUUCCUGUUCUCUUCUGAGUUCCCACACCGUGUGUGUUGGUUUUAAAGCAUACAGAAACAGCAUGGGAUGGCGUCAUAGCAGAGAACUGGCCUCACCUGACCGCCCUGUGGCUUGCUGGUGGAGGAUACAUCUUGUCUUUUUCUCCCGCAUUCUUAAGCUGGUCUCGGCCUGCCUGUCACCUGUGGCCCCAGGAGUUGGGGUCAUAUGGUUAUCCCUUAGAUAUUUUGUACUUGCUCUGCAGAGAACUGCAUCAAGUGCCUUACAGCAUAUAGCAUGUGGGCAGUGGCCUCUCCCUGCAGCUUUUCACGAGGGCUGUGUGUGACCUGUAUGUCUUGUGACUUGUACUUCUCUGAGGACUCUGGGCAUCUUUACCAGAUUAUUGCUCUGGGAUUUCUCCAUAGGAAUUGGCCAUUUCUGUUCAUUUUUCUACUUUCUUCCUGCUUAGUAAAAGUUUCUGAUCUUUCUAGUCCAACGUGGUGGUGCACGCCUUUAAUCCCAGCACUUGGGAGGCAGAAACAGGAGGAUCUCUGAGUUUGAGACCAGCCUGGUCUACAGAACCGAGUGCCAGGACAGGCUCCAAAGCUACACCGAAAAACCUUGUCUGGGAAAAAAGAAAGAAAUUUCUGAUCUUCUAUCAUUGAUCCUUCAUUGUGUUUGAUCUUCUUUCUCUGAGACAAGGUUUCUCUGUAUAGCUGUUCUGGCUGUCCUGGAACUUGCUUUGUAGAUCAGGCUGGUCUUGAAUUCAGAGAUCAGCCUGCUUCUGCCUCCCAGUGUUUGAACUUUUUUGGUGUAGAAAAAUUCAAAGUUGAGACGAUUAGUUAAAUAAUGGUUUUAAAGUCUGUUUCUAUCAGUGGGUUUCUAUAUUUAGCAGUUCAUUUGUUUAUAAUGUGUGUGUUUUUUUUUUCUAGAAAUGCGUCCAUUUUAAAACUAGAAUUAAUGCCGGGCAGUGGUGGUGCACACCUUUAAUCCCAGCACUUGGGAGGCAGAGGC